AUGGCGUGUUCUUCUCUAGCAAUCCUUUGCGGUUGCACUUCAUCUUCUAUGUAUCCUAACUCUAAGCUCUCACGUUAUCUUUCGGCUGACUUAACCAUCAAAACAAAUGUUUCCGUUCAGUUUCUAGGAAAGAAACAGUCCCCACUUCUCUCCUCAACCCCGAGAUUUCUCACCCUUCUCCCCAUGGCUUCCCUCAGAUCCAGAAGCAAAACCAAAAAAGUGAUUGGAAUUGUAAAAAUGAAUGUGUGGGCCGGAAAAGCAACUUUGGGGCAACAAAUUAUUUCGGCGUUUGCUUCAAGGGGAGACAAUCUAGAAAAAGAUAUGGCUAAGGGUUUCUGCAAGGAGUACAAUGUAUCAGCUAUGAGAAAGCUGCCUGAGAUGAAUUGCACAACCAUUGUAUCAGCUAUGAGAACCAUUGCAGGAACUGCAACUAACAUGGGGAUAGACAUCAACCCUCCUAUUCUUGAACCUAAGAAGAAAGUAGCUUUGUUGUAA